AUGGAGCUAUCAUUACCGGACAGAAUUUUCGCCGCCGGCGAAAAACCUGUCGGUGAAAGGGUUAAUUGCUACCACAAAUCAAAGGCGAUUAACAACAUACUUAGCGCAUUGGACGAAGAGGAGAAGGAUUAUCUGCGAAAAUCUCCGUUUGGCAAACUAAUCGCGACUGCGGAAAAACCCUCCCUUUCCGGGAGUUUCGGCCACUUCAUCAUCACGAGGUUGCUCAAGGUUAAUAAAAAGUACGAAAUAUGGAUUCUUUUUGCCGGGCGCCCGAUUAGAGUGUCUCUCCGAGAAUUUGCGAUUGUCACCGGACUUCCGUGCGGCAAGUACCCAAAAAAGCAGAAGAAGAAGAAGAAGAGAAACCCCAUUCGGGAGAAGCCAUACUGGCCGGACUUAUUUGGAAAUCUGAAGACAUGCAGCAUCGAAUCGGUCGUGAAAAUGUUGAAGAAGAAAACAGUUGUUGACCGCGAGACGCGACUGAAGUAUGCCUGUCUUGCUUUAACCGGCGCAGUUUUGUGCCCCACCAAUCAUAGAUCCAAAAUUGUUGCCGAACACGUGGAAUUGAUUAGAAGCAUCGAAGAGUUUUUCGCACACCCGUGGGGCAGAGUGGGUUUUGAGAUGUUGAUGUCUAGCAUCAAAUAUAAAGAUGAAGUUGCACUGGCACAAAGCACGGUAGCGGUUAAAGGUUUCUUUCACGCGAUACAGUUAGUGUUGGUGGAGGCAUGUCCAUCGUUAACCGAAGUAGUUCAAUUGAAUGAGUCUUCCUCGGAAUCAGAAUCUGAAGGAGACGAAGAGAAGGGAGAGUCCGAUGACGUUGCCCCAGCCAACAUGCCGGAGAACCCCUCAAAUGAGCAAUCGAUUGCUGGUGAUGCCGAGAAAAACGCUGGAAAGCCUUCGACACACACAGAGUCGGCGAAUGUCGGACUAAGCCCAAGUCACGCAAGGGAGAUCGACAAAGGAUGCAAGGUCUCGGUUUUUAGCAUUAUCCCCGACGAUUCAGAUUCUGCAAUGGAGGAUGCAGACUUUAGCUGGUCCGACGAGGAAGACGAUCCAAGGGUUGAUAAUAUGGUAAACCUCAUCGGGGAGAACUUUGAAUUCCGCAAAAACAUGUUUCAGGGUGGUUUGUCUCAGGCUGAGUUGGCGAAGAUGCGCCUUGAGAGGAAGGAAAUCAGGGAGCGGAAGGAGAGGGAGAAAGAGAAGGCCCAGGAAAAUGCAACCAAUCUUGGUGCCGCUGGUCCGUCGUCGACUGCUCCUGCCAACAUAGCUGAACUUUUGUCUGCCACGGUAAAGGCAGAGCUAGCUCCAGUUGAGCUAAAGGUGGCAGCCGCUGUCGACAAGAUAUCGACCAUUGAAACCAAUUUGUCCACUCUUGGCACUGUGAUGAAGACAGCUAUGGAACGGAUGAUUACAUCAAUGCAAGAACAAGUAAUAUCCAACAUUAUUGGUUUUCUAGGCAAGUCUGUUUCGGAAUUCGACAGACACGACACUGAAAGAGAUAGAUCUACGGCUCGUGGAAACGCGGAGAGGCAAGGCGAUGCAGCACGAACAAGGGCAAGGACUACAAAUCACCAGACACGGCAACAUGUCCAAGCGGAUGUAGUUAUAAAUGACGCAAUUGCGUUUGCUAACAAUAUUGAUACCGAACAACAGACGGAUAUGCAGCAGGAGGGCGAAGGAGUUGGAGGUCUGAGUUCAGAAGCUGGCGAAAGCAACGAGAGCCCGGAAGAGAGACAAGGUGGGGCUGCUGAAGGUAAUGGGGAUGGGGAUGACCUCGUUGACGAAAUUGGUGAUGAAGGAGAUGGUCCGAGGCGAGGCAAGAGGGCUAGGGUGCAGACAUCGUUCAAUGACUUCCACGUGGAUCCGAAGUGGGUUUCAUGCACAAUGGGGAGCAAUCCCUUUUUAUGCCACAUUGAAGAACGACCAACUUAUUUUACAAAGUUUGCACGCUUACACGAGGUUUUGCAGAACUAUCGGGUAUUCAAUCUUGGCAGUGGCACAUCUGUUAACAACAAGGACGUUCUAGACAUAGCUGGUAGGACAAAGCCCAUGAUGGCUAAGAUGAUGGACGCGCUUCUCCUAUACGCCCGCGCUGUCUAUGUCCGACAUUUUUCGGGGUCUCAUUUGAACAAGACGGCGUUUCUUGAAACCAAAUUCACGACUGCACUGAUGAAGACCUGGAGUAAGUUUUCACGUUUGGCUGUCAAAGACCGUCAUAGGUUCAAAUUUGGGGAUGGUGUCAUGGAUCACCUUGAGGUGGACAGCGUAGAGAUCCCUACGCCGGAGCGUUUGUAUUUGCCGUUCAACUUUGACAGGGAGCACUGGGUUGGCAUAGUUGUUGACACAACUGCUGGGAGUAUGCACGUGCUGGAUUGCAACCUCUCAUUGAGGACUGAUAGCGCUAUAAAAAAGGAGCUGGCCCCCAUAUCAAUGAUGUUACCGUACGUACUAAAGCAAAGUCCAUCCAAACAACAUAUUAGCGAGUCUAAACCUUAUGUUAUCGUUCGGCCUAAAGGGAUCCCACAGAACGGCAUCAUGUGCGAUUCUGGUGUCACAACUGCCCUGCUUAUAAUGUUACACUCGGUUGGAGGAAUUGACCGAUGCAAGAUGCUCACUCCCGAGGAGAUGGCCAAAGAGAGUCAGGUUUUAGCUGUUAAGUUUUUCGAGGAGUUUGAUGCUCCAGCGUAA